AUGCCCAAAUACCAGAGUGGCGGCCACACCUGCAGUGGCUUCACGAGCCAAUGGCUCUUGAAUAAUUGCAAGCUGCUGAAGCAGCCCAGGGCGAAAAGCGAUAGCGUAAGCCCCGAGGACGGCGACGCGGUGGCCACGGCGCUGCGGGAGACGCGCGAGGAGCUGGGCCUGGCUCUGGGCGCCGAGCGCGUCUGGGGCCUCCUGCGCACCGUGCCCGACCGGAGGGGAAUGAUGGUGGCUCCUGUCGUUGCGAACCUGGGACCCUUGGAGGAUGUGACUCUUACGCCCAACCCCCAAGAGGUUGAGGAGGUCUUCACCAUCCCCCUGGAUCACCUGCUACAGCCAGAGAACCAGGGCUACACCCACUUCCGCGCCAAGGGCCGCUACAGCCACACGCUGCCCGUCUUCCUCCACGGGCCCUACAGGGUGUGGGGACUCACGGCCAUCAUCACUGAGCUGACACUGGAGCUGCUGGCGCCCAACCUCUACCGCUGCAAGACCCGGGUGGCCGGGAACCGCUGAGCCCCUCCUGCUGUUAGCAGGGAGCGUUUGGUCCCCACACUCCUUUCGGGAGGCAGAGGGAGGGGACGGAGAYGGCUGCUGUGGUGGCGGCUGCCCAGUGACAGUCAAAGCCCCCGCAGGCCUGUCAUGUGGGCCAGUGGCUGGUGGCUCAUGCAGAGCCUCUACAGACCUUCUUCGGGGCCUUGUCUGUGCUGUUGUUUUAUUCCUCCAAGCCCUUUGGGGGCCUUUAGGUCAUGCUGGCCACACACUCCUGAUAGGCAGGAGGCUGCUGCUGAGAAACCGGGGCUCCGCUGUCCCACAUCCAUGGUGCUGCCAACCUUUCCCAUGGGGUCCAAGUGGCCCU